UCAAAUGUGUCGGAUAGUGUUUGUUUACAAGACAGAAAUUUAUCGGUUAAAUUUGAGUUUUCCAAGAAUUAGAAGCAAUUACUUUUUGCAUGUAACAAUUAGUCUGUUUUUGAAUUCAUUCUAAGAUCUAAAAUAAAAGUUUCUGUAUGUCGUCAGAGCCCCCUAGUCCAAUGAUCCGACCGGCAGUGGUUGAUGGCGUAACGAUCACCGAAACGCUAACACAAGAGCAAAUUCCCAGCGCCAGUACACAGCAGGCACCAGUGCUUCGUUUGCGUCUUCAAAAGCCACGUUCAGCGAAGCAAGUAAAAUGGACCAAUGGAACGGUGGAUAACGAGCACAUGAAUAAGAAAAAAUCCAAAUGUUGCUGCAUAUAUCGAAAACCGACUGAAUUCGGCGAAAGUUCAUCUGAAAGCGAAGAUGAAUGCGAACAUUGUUUUGGUCAUGUUGAGAUGAAGAAAAAGAACAAAGCUCAUCUGGGCAACGAAGAAGACGCGGUUGAUUCUGGUGGAGGUCAAACUACGACAAUUGAAAGUAAAUGUUCUUUCGAUCCGUCGUCUGAUGGCAAUGCUGAUGACCCAUCUGAUAGUGGCAAGGAUGGAGAACUAAAUGCUACAUAAUUAUUACCGAAGCUCCCGUUCAUAGGUGAAUAAUACUUCUAGUGAUGUGAAAAUGUAUGUAGUGUUUUUGUUUAAAUAUAACGAGUUGAUUAAAUUUUA